UAAAAAGUACUGUAAACUAGACGCCCCAGAUGGCGUCAUAAUCUCCACUAAUAAGCUGACUAUGGAAUUCAGACGAAAGCAAUUUAAGUCAGAUGAGUUCUCUGGCGGAUUCUUAUGUGAGAUCUACACUGUAGGAGAUGCUCCAACAACAGUUCCCCCACCGACGACACCUCCUCCAUCACCAACCACAGCGCCUCCUUCACCAACCACAGCGCCUCCUUCACCAACCACAGCGCCUCCUUCACCAACCACAGCGCCUCCUUCACCAACACAGCGCCUCCUCACCAACCACAGCGCCUCCUUCACCAACCACAGCGCCUCCUUCACCAACCACAGCGCCUCCUUCACCAACCACAGCGCCUCCUUCACCAACCACAGCGCCUCCUUCACCAACCACAGCGCCUCCUUCACCAACCACAGUGCCUCCUUCACCAACCACAGCGCCUCCAUCACUAACUACUGCUCCUCCGUCACCAACCACAGCUCCUCCGUCACCAACCACAGCUCCUCCGUCACCAACCACAGCUCCUCCAUCACCAACUGCAGCUCCUCCACCUCCAGGAACAACCACUUGCAGUAUCACCAGAGAAUACUGUGAUGGCUGCGGGGUAGCACCAAUUUCCGUUGGGAAUACAAGGAUUGUCAACGGAACGGCGGCAUCAGUGGGCGAGUACCCUUACCAAGUGGCGGUUCUAUCCACCAUCGCCGGCAGACAGUAUCAGUGUGGGGGUUCAAUCAUCAAGGAAAGGUGGAUUCUUACUGCUGCCCAUUGCUUUUACGAUCUAAGCAACAACAAGGCGACAAGUGUCGACAUCAUCUAUGGCACAAUCGAUAUCAACGGAGGUGCUGGGACAACGGUUACGGCUUCGAGGUUCAUCGAUCAUCCGGGAUAUGAUUCGAAUACUAACGCUAACGACAUCGCGCUGGUAGAGCUGCCGCAACCUCUGAAUUAUGCGACCGACGCCAAUAUCCAACCGAUCUGCUUGGGACUGCAAGAGGACAUACCCUUCGGAGGCAAGGCGGUGGCGUCGGGAUGGGGAACCCUGUCGUUUGGUGGAUCAUCACCUGACGUCCUGCAGGAAGUAGAGUUAGAUAUCAUCACAAUAGACGAGUGUCAGCAGAAGGCUUCUUUACCGCCAGACACAAACUCGGUUGUAUGUGCUCUGACUCUCUAUAAGGAUACCUGUCAGGGUGACAGCGGUGGUCCUCUUGUUGCGAAACUUUGUGACGGCACCUGGGCUCAAAUCGGAAUUGUCAGCUAUGGUUUCCAGUGUGCCGUCCCUGACAACCCUGGUGUGUACACCCGUGUGUCUGCUUUCGCUAGCUGGAUCUCAGAUAACACUGGAGGCAGCAGCUGUAGUUCUACCCUGACACUUAGCGCAGAGCUUGAUAACCGUGCACAAGAGAGGGAAGCGGUGAACGAAGCAAAAAAUGAAGUGGUUAGAAUUGGACAAGAUCUAGAUGGACUUGAAACUACACUGAACGCUGCAAGUGGAAGACGGCGUAGACGCAGAAAUCUUAAUCUGCUGCAGGAAUUGACAACUGCACUAAUUAACUCGGGCGACGUUCUGCUAAGCAGGAACGUCCAGAAAAUCAACUCCCUCUCUAGCGAACUGGCAGCUCUCAGAGGCAGACUUGUAGUAUUCAAUGCAGAAGUUGCUGCAGGUGCUUCAGGACUCGAUGUGCCAGCGUUGUUGGCCGGUGUAGGAAGUGCUAAGCAGACGGCUCAAAAUGCCACUAAGGUGGCUCGGCAAGAACUAGCAGAUAUUGAGAAUGAAAUUCAAGUUAUUGUUGUGGAAUUUGAAAACAGCGGUAGCACCGUCCCGCCUUUGCCAUCUCUCGAACCUGAACCUACUGUCAAGCCAGUAACUCCAACUGCAUCUCCCACAACUCCACCGCCAACAACUCCGCCUCCUACAACUCCACCGCCAACAACUCCACCUCCUGCAACUCCACCGCCAACAACUCCACCUCCUGCAACUCCACCGCCAACAACUCCGCCUCCUACAACUCCACCGCCAACAACUCCGCCUCCUACAACUCCACGCCAACAACUCCGCCUCCUACAACUCCACCGCCAACAACUCCCCUCCUACAACUCCACGCCAACAACUCCGCCUCCUACAACUCCACCGCCAACAACUCCGCCUCCUACAACUCCACCGCAACAACUCCGCCUCCUACAACUCCACCGCCAACAAGUCCACCCCCUACAACUAUACCUCCUACAACAGCAGCGACAACAGAAAGCACAAGUUCAACAUGUUCCGUGACAAGAAAAUAUUGUGAGGACUGCGGCGUGGCAACCGUCAGCGUUGCCGACUCGAGGAUCGUUGGCGGCGCUUGACGCAUCGGCCGGGGAAUUCCUUGGCAAGUCGGACUCGCGACCGAAUUUCCGAGUGGGGGGGUUUGUGUGGGGGAUCUCUUAUCAAGAGCAAUUGGGUCCUGACGGCUGCUCACUGUUUCUUGAUGACAAUGGAAAUGCGGCGACCUCAGUGGUGGUCCAGUACGGAUCAAUAAAUCUUGCAACUGCAACCGAAGUCACUGCACUCAGAUACAUUACACAUGAGGAUUACAAUUCCACGUCUUUCCUGCAUGACAUCGCUCUGAUUGAGCUUCCCCAAGCUCUCGACUACGCGAACG